UUAUUUUAUUUACAUUUUACAUUACCUCUUCUAAUAAUUUUCAAUUUACAAAGUUCUCAAUACUACAUUUGUUUUCUUUAAACAUGUCUGAGGACGGAGAAGAUGAAAUAGAAUAUUUAGACGAGGACGCCGAAAUAGUUCAGCAAUGUGUACAAACUGCUCAAUCCGGUGAGAGACCGCUUCCAAAUUUCAGCAUCGAAACAGAACUACUUGUUGAGAGAUUACCUCACGACUCAAAAUCGAGUAAAAAGAAGAAAAGGGUCGAAGAAGAUGACUUCGAUUACGACCCAAGUGAGGAUUUGCGGGUUUCUCGAGCCAAGCAGAGAAAAACUCAUCACUCUCCUAGCGAUACCAAGAAAAAUGUGUCUAAAAGCAGUUCACAAGUAACUAAAGCAAAAAAAAUUCGUGAGCAAGCACCAGUAGGUUUUAAUCAACGAAAAAGCAUGGACAUAAGGGUUCCCGAUUACGAUGAUCCCUUGUGUCUGCCGGUGAGAGCUGUCAUCAGAGACAGCAAAGCUUGGAACGAUCUGUGUUUAGAGAAGUUUAAGCAACUGGACAGGCCUAUGAGGGUAGACAAAGAAGAGACAGUUGCUUCCAAAAGAAUUGUUGAGCUUCGUAAUGUACGGAACAUCUUGGGUAAAUUUGAUUUAGCAAUUACCAGUAGAACAGUAGUGCAGAAUAAAUCAGGCAACAAAAAACAUGAUUCAUUUCGGUCAAUACUACCAAGAUACAGGGAGAAGAAGAUACUGAAUAAUUACAAACUGACUAAACAACAUCAGAAGCAACCUCUGUAUUUUAAAACUGAGCUCAUACUGAAACAAGAGGCAAAUGAUGAAUCUCUCGUGAUAUAUAAUCCCGAGGAGUGUGCAUCAUUUGUGUACAAAAUGUAUGAUAAAGAAAUGGAUCCUAAAUCUAAGGAAGAAGAGAGGAAAUUUUACUUGAAAGAAACUGAUUGCCUAAAGAUGUGUUCACCAUGUUACCAUGCCAAGCAUAAAGGAUAUGAGAGGGUUGAUCCAAAUAACUAUUGCCACAUCUGCAAAAGGGUCUUCCUGAAUUCCCAAAUACUGGUGGCACAUCUAAGAACUCAUACGCCAGCUGAAAGACUUCUGUACAAGAAGAAACUAAACCAGGAAUUGCAAAAGAGAGUUCCAGACACUUACAAAUGCAGGAUUUGCCUGAGGAAAUUUAUGGGGAUAGCUGCACUGAAGAAACAUGUUACUAUGCAUACAGGAUCCGCAACGCCAUUUAUAUGUGAGGCUGGGAAACAUUUGGUGCGGUAACAAAAAUAAUACUUACAUAAUAUUUGAAUAUUGUCUAGUUUUAUACAAUGAAUAAAGCAUGUUUUAAGUGAGUCGAUGAAUAAAUAAUUUUAAAG